UUGUGUGUGAUUAUUAUGCGUGGCGUUGGGGCGUUUUUGCAGUGCGCAACGUCACUCGAAAGCAACGCAGUGGUGAAACGGAACCUACUAGCUACCGAUCAGAAACCAUACACAGUCGAAUACUUUUGCCCCUUCUCCACGUUCCUCUGCGUGAUAAAACCUCACUACAAAGACGGGAACAGUGGUGUUCACUCACAGAUAUUUGAAGACAAAAGGAGAGAGGGAAACAUACAGAGGAUGUCUGGACAGAGAAAAGGAACUGCAGCACGUCUGCCAAAAUGUGCCUUUUGCAAAACAAAUCGGGACAAGGAGUGUGGACAGCUGCUGGUGUCAGACAACCAGAAGGUGGCAGCCCAUCACAAGUGCAUGCUUUUUUCCUCUGCCUUGGUCACAUCUCACUCGGACAGUGAGAACUUGGGUGGCUUUUCCAUCGAAGACGUCAAAAAGGAGAUAAAGAGAGGGAAUAAGCUGAUGUGCUCAUCCUGUCACAGACCUGGUGCCACCAUUGGCUGUGAUGUGAAGACCUGUCGGCGAACAUAUCACUAUUACUGCGCUUUGUGGGACAAGGCUCAGAUCAAAGAGAACACCUCACAAGGCAUCUACCUGGUUUACUGUCGAAAACACAAGGAUGCGUCCCAAGACGACAGUGACGAUGAACAGAGUGGUGUUGCCAACGACUCAGACUCCUCCCCUCCUCGGGGUAGGGGCCGUGGGAGGUUUGAGAAGGGGCGGAACAAAGCUGGAUCUCGUGGACAAUCUGAGGACACCCGCUCCACCUCUUCACAGGGGGUAGAUGACGAGAGCUCAUCACAUCGGGACAGGUCCCCCCUGAGGGUUGGUCCUGGUGACAGCGGCCUCCGUUGUGGCUUCUGUCACGCUGGCGAGGAGGAAAACGAAACACGGGGCGUACUCCAUGCUGACAACGCUAAAAAGGUUGCUGCACACUACAAAUGCAUGCUUUUCUCAUCGGGAACAGUCCAACUCACCACCACCUCACGGGCUGAGUUUGGGAACUUUGACAUCAAGACGGUCAUCCAGGAAAUAAAAAGAGGGAAAAGAAUGAAAUGCACCCUCUGUACCCAGUUGGGUGCCACUAUCGGGUGUGAGAUCAAGGCUUGUGUGAAGACCUACCACUACCAUUGUGGUGUACAGGACAAGGCCAAGUACAUAGAGAACAUGGCUCGUGGAAUCUACAAGCUGUACUGUAAGAACCACAGUGGAAAUGAGGAGAGAGAUGAGGAGGACGAGGAGAGGGAGAGUCGCAGUAGAGAGAGGGCAGCUGUCGACCAUGGUGGGACAUUGCCUUCACCUCAAAUCAAUGGCAAUUAGAUCAUGGUUACGGAUAAUAAGAGGAUAAGGAGAAUUCAAAGAUGGAGAUAAGAUAUUUUUUAUAGCUCAAACAUUUCUCAAGUCCCAAUCAGACUUUUCAGUUGCCUCUACCCAGCUUCCUCCCACAGACACACACCACUGCAGGUUGUCAUAUCAGUACCUGCCUUAAAUUACCACAUUUUAUGAAUGAGCUACAUUAUGGACUCAAGCGUGACUGUGGUAUACUGCUGUGAGCAAAGCACUGCAGUAUGGUGAAAAUAAGGCAUGACUAGAAAAUGUGGCCAGUGGUUAUACUUUAAUAAUACUUGUUUUUGUACUCCUGUAAUGAGUACUGACUGGGAUCUAUUAACUAUUCCACCCAUCGGUUCUAGAGUCAAGUCUCCUUGUUCUAUACAAAAUUCAUCUUCUUUUAGUCCCUGAAGGUUUCAUCUACUUGUUUCUUCUUCCUCUUCGAAAUUGUUUUUUGUAUUUUUUUAUUCUGUAAUCUUUUUUUUUCUCUCAAGAAAUUUCUUUUUACAUUAGUCAUUUUCUCUUAUGGAAUGUGUUUUAUGUUACUUCUGUAUUAUAAUCAUGAAUAAUGUUCAAUAUUCAAGACUGUCAAUCAGUCAAGAAAGAUUAAAGGUCCUUUGCUAUA